AUGACACGAAGCAUUAAUGAUAGACGUAUAGACGAAUCAGAGUCUGAGGAUAUGGAAGAGCUUGAUAUCGAAGAACAAGACGAAGACUUUGAUGAGGACAAUGAAGACGAUGAUGAUGAUGAUGAUGAUGAUGAUGAUGAUAAUGAUGAUGAUAAUGAUGAUGAUGAUGAUGAAGAGGAAGAUGAGGAAGAAGAAGAUGAAGAAGAUGAUGGGGAAUCGCUACAAUUUAGAAAUCAGACUGAAAGGGAAGAAUAUGAGAAGAAACUUUCUUCAUCUUACAGAAAUAUCAAUACGAGAAUGAUGAAUCAAAGAGCCGAAGUGGCCCGUCCCGGAGGACUCGAGGUCGUGAGCGAAAAUUUACGGAACAUCGAUACCUUGUUUGCCCAAUCCCGCAAAACGUCUUCCCUCAAUAAGAACCUCCAAACUUACGAUGCCAAAUCGUUAUCUAACGUCUCUGAUUUAGCAGAGAUUUCUAUUCGUAAUUUGAAAAUCGGUAAGAGCGCCCAACACAUCAACCUCGAUGAAUUGCUUCGUCAUACUAAACGGUUUCUCCUACGUGACACUGAUCCUGAUAUUGAUGAUCUUACUGCUGUCGCGACAAAUACCAUGGGAGCUGAUGCUGCUGCCAAGAACGCCGAGGGACUCUUCACCGACGAUACCCUCAAAGAAUUAGAUUCUCGACGCCAACAGGCCCAGGAUCUCAUGGACUCGAAAACUCAAUGGGAUCAAUUCAAUUUCCUCAAACUCGGGGCGGUUUACAUGAUCACUGGGAAUCGUUGUCCCACAAUAGAUUUCCUCAAAGGUCCAUUGACCAUCGAGAAAAAACACCGACAAUUCAAAAAACGCGCCAAAGAUGACCUUCCAAAAUCCGGGGUCACCACCGCUGAUCGUCCCGAUUUACAAAACCUUGCCGAGAAAAUCGACGAUACCUCACAAGCGGUGUUGAAAGUGUUCAAAACGUUGCAAGAAAAACAACGCGGCGAACCAAUGGACGUCUUCCGGUUCUUUAUCAAUCCUCAUUCGUUUGGCCAGUCCACUGAAAACAUGUUCUACACCAGCUUCUUGGUGCGUGAUGGCCGUGUGGUGAUCUAUCAAAAUCCCCUGACCGGUUCGUGGGAUAUUAGAGAAAUUCCCGUCACCACUAAUAAUUACCAGUUGAUCAAGGAUACCGAAGUCGAGCAUCAUAUAUUCAAAUUAGACUACCCGAAAUGGCAGAGGUUGAUUCGUGAUUUGGGAAUCACUAGCUCGUUCAUCGAACCAAGAAACUAUUGA